AUGAAGCUCCGCAGCAAGGCGGCCGUGCUGCUCCUGCUCGCGCUGUCGGCGCUGCUGCUGGCGCUGCUGACCCUGCGCACCGGCCGGGCCGAGCGCCCCGCGCCGGCCACGCAGCGCCUUCCCGCGCCUGCCUCCGCGCGCCCCCGGGGCCGGGGCCGGGGCGCCCUCACCCGGGCGGGCCACGGCGCUCAGAGGCGCGGGCCACAGCAUCCGCGCCCGCGAGCCGGCCGCCGGGGCGCGUCCAGCCUGGAAAAGUUGGCGAGGAGACCCGGGGAGCCCCGCCAGGCCCUUGCUGCGCUGCCGCCCCGGUUGUGGAUCCAUCUGGCUGUGGUGGCCUGUGGCCAUCGGCUGGAGGAGACGCUGGUCAUGCUGAAGUCAGCUGUGCUCUUUAGCCACAGGAAGAUGCAGUUUCACAUCUUCACCGAAGAAUCUCUGCAGCCCGAGUUUGAUAAGCAGUUACGACAGUGGCCUGACUCAUAUACAAAGAAGUUUGUGCACAAAAUCUACCCCAUCACGUUUUCGGUUGGAAACCCUCAGGAAUGGAAGAAAUUAUUCAAACCCUGUGCUGCCCAAAGACUCUUUCUUCCGGUGAUUUUAAAGGAUGUGGACUCACUGCUCUAUGUGGACACUGAUGUUCUCUUUCUGAGACCCGUUGAAGACAUCUGGAAGCUUCUGAGGCAGUUUAAUUCCACCCAGCUUGCAGCCAUGGCCCCAGAGCACGAAAUCCCCAAGAUUGGCUGGUACAGCCGCUUUGCUCAACACCCUUUCUAUGGCUCUGCAGGGGUUAAUUCAGGAGUCAUGCUAAUGAAUUUAACUCGUAUAAGAAGUGCUCAGUUCAAGAACAGCAUGAUUCCAACAGGCUUAACUUGGGAGGACAUGUUGUACCCUCUAUACCAGAAGUACAAGAAUUCCAUCACUUGGGGAGACCAGGAUUUAUUAAAUAUUAUUUUUUACUUCAAUCCAGAGUGUCUCUAUGUGUUCCCCUGCCAGUGGAACUACCGUCCUGAUCACUGCAUGUAUGGAAGCAACUGCAGAGGGGCUGAGCUUGAAGGUGUGUCUGUUCUGCAUGGGAACCGAGGUGUCUACCAUGAUGAUAAGCAGCCAACUUUUAAAGCACUCUAUGAAGCAGUACGGGAUUUUCCCUUUCAAGACAAUCUCUUUCAAUCCAUGUAUUACCCUCUUCAGUUGAAGUUCUUGGAAACUGUGCAUACUUUAUGUGGACGAAUCCCACAAGUUUUUCUGAAGCAAAUUGAGAAAACCAUGAAAAGGGCUUAUGAGAAGCAUGUCAUCAUCCACGUUGGCCCCAGCCAGACGCACUGA